ACAUGGCGUCUGGUAAAUCGAACAUUUUGCCUACGGAUUUUAUGAUUAUUCUUGAAUUGGGAAAUUAUGAAUAGUUAUAAGAAUGGAGUUAUACAUGGGAGGGUGUUGACGGUCCUGAAUAUUUUGCGAGAUAUUUCAGAAGCCGUCACCGCAAGCGACGUGAUUUCUGCUCAAGAAACUAAGGUAGAUUCCCUACUGUCGGAUAUUGAGUCAAGUGCUGCCGAGCUACACGAGCUGUUUGUUGGAAAGAUGGAUGAGGACACCUCAAAAGACUCAGGAAACACCAGCUUUGGGGAGGACUCUAGGGAUGCCAGUGGAAAACUGAUUUUAAGCAGUUCUCACUGUGAUGACUCACAUGAACUGAUUGAGUUGAGUGAUGAUGAGUUUGAUCAAGCAAUGGCGGAGGUUGACAUUGAAGAAUUGUGUAAUCAAAGUCAAGCUGAUUCAGAGAUUUUAGAUGCUGGAAACAAGGAUGUUGACCAAUCAACAGAAAAUGAAGUAGAUAUGAAUGACAUUAAACCAGAUGCUGAACACAUAGAUGUGUUAAAGAAAUAUUUUGGCCAUUCUAAGUUCAGACCUAUGCAGUGGAAGAUAAUCAAUGAAGUGCUUAACUCUAAACGAGAUGUUUGUGUUGUAAUGGCAACAGGAUAUGGAAAGAGUUUAUGUUACCAGUACCCGUCUUUGUAUUCUGGAGGAACAACAGUUGUUAUAUCACCUCUAAUCUCACUUAUGGAGGAUCAAGUUACAAAGCUUGGGCUUUACAGCAUCGCAGCUUGUUAUCUUGGGUCUGCUCAAAGCAAUAAUGCUGAAGUAAAAGCUGGAGUUUUGAGUGGACAAUAUAGAGUGGUAUACUUGACUCCUGAAUAUGUUUCCACAGACACUACAUUUCUAGCCCAAGUGCAGAUGUCUGUAGGUUUGACACUAGUUGCAAUAGAUGAAGCACAUUGUGUGUCUCAGUGGGGUCAUGACUUCAGAUCCUCGUAUCGUACCCUCGGAUGUAUCAGGGAUAAACUUCCUACUGUUCCCAUCGUUGCCUUGACAGCCACUGCUACUCCUGCUGUAAGAAGAGACAUCUGUCAGUCUCUGAAACUGAGAAAUCCUGCUUUUGUUUGUACUGGAUUUGACAGUCACUUACUGAAUGAUAUCACAGCACAGUCAUUCAAGGAGCAUAAACUAGGGAUGCUAAACGAGCUUGAACAGUAUUUGUCUACAACAGAAUGUAGGAGAAGAACAAUUUUAGCUUACUUUGAGAAUUCAGUUGAGAAGGGCAUUGGUGGAAGAGAUGACUGUUCCUGCAAGAAGGCUGUUAUUGAUGUUGUCAUGUUAGGAUUUUAUUUGUUUGUCUACAGAAAUAAGAUUGAGUAUUGUUUUGAUGGUCCAACAAUUGUUUACUGUCCAACAAAGAAGGCAACAGAAACAGUUGUCAGUGAACUCCAUGGUCUUGGGGUGAGAUGUGAAUUUUAUCAUGCUGGCCUAAGCCCCAAGGAAAGGAAAAGAGUUCAUCAUCUCUUUAUAAGAGACAAUAUUCAGUGCAUAGUUGCAACAGUGGCCUUUGGAAUGGGGAUUGAUAAGCCAGAUGUGAGAAAAAUUAUCCAUUAUGGAGCACCAAAGGAUAUUGAAUCUUAUUACCAAGAAAUGGGUCGAGCUGGUCGCGAUGGCCUUCCCAGUACAUGUCAUGUGUUUUACAGCAUAGCUGACUUUUCCCUUAACCGUCACUUACUGAAUGAUAUCACAGCACAGUCAUUCAAGGAGCAUAAACUAGGGAUGCUAAACGAGCUUGAACAGUAUUUGUCUACAACAGAAUGUAGGAGAAGAACAAUUUUAGCUUACUUUGAGAAUUCAGUUGAGAAGGGCAUUGGUGGAAGAGAUGACUGUUGUGACAAUUGCCGGAACAGGGCUCUUAACCCACAUGUGAAAGAUGACAAGAGAGACUUUACAAAAGAAGCUAAACUGUUGCUCAAUGCUGUAAUGAUCGCAGGGAAUGGUUCCUAUGGUAUAUCAAUUCCUAUUUUGAUGCUCCGGGGCUCAAAUAAUCAAAGAGUGCCAAGAUGGCUGACCAGGAAAAAAGAGUUUGGGGCUGGCAAUUUUCAUCCAGAGAAGUGGUGGAAGAGCUUUGGGCGCCAGCUUAUUAACCAGGGCUUUCUUAAGGAAAAGUCAAAUCCUGGUGGAUUUGGUUCUCUCACAGCUCUCUCAGCUAAAGGAGAGAACUGGCUGAAAGAAGCAGUGUGGAAUGAUUCUGUCAAAAUGGAGCUGAUCCCCAACCAGGAUCUGUUGGCAACAGAGAAACAACUUCAACCAACAGCCAGUUUGAUUAUAAAUGGUAGAGGCUAUCAAAAUGCCCCAAAGAGCUUUGUUCGCGUGUUGUAUGUUAACUCGUGUGACGUCAACAUUCAGCCUGCUGUUCCAUCUUCACCAACUUGGAAUGAGAAUCGUGUACCUCUGACUACUUUGCCUCAAGUAACACAACAAGAGCCCUUCAUGGACGAAAAAGAAUUAGAACUUCAAGGAUCGUUAUACACAACUCUCAUAAUGCUCAGGGCAGAACUCUCUCACUCGCUGGACUGUCCGCCUUACAUGAUUGCUACAAAUAAGAUUCUUCUGGACAUUGCUAAAUACAGGUAUUCAGAGAACCGUUUGGCUGUAGCUUGUAUUAUAUUGCUGAGGUUUAGAUAUAGUGAUCACCUUGCAAUCUUUACUACUCAGUCCCAGACCUAUGUGGUGGAACCUUUGGGAGCACCUCGUCACGAACUGAGCCAAACAGUGCUUACCACCUUCAACAUGUUUCACGAAAAACAGAUGACCAUUAAAGAUGUGGCUAAAACUCGGAACAUGGUGGAAGGAACAAUUUUUGGCCAUCUUGCGGAGGCUUUGAAGGCAAAUUACCCAGUGGACUAUAAGAGGGCGGGAAUCACUGAAGAAAUCCAAGAACUGGUAACAAGAACAAUCAGAUCGCCUCCAAUUAACUCAGACAUAAGCAGAUUAUCAACCAUAAAAGAUCGCUUGCCUCUUCAUGUGUCCUAUGGCCAUAUUAAACUGGUCAUCGCCAUUUUGGAGCUGUCAUGUGGCGCGAUCUCUCAUGGCACUUCAGCGCAAACAAUGAGCGAUAGGUCUUUCGCAUCGGGCACCCAACUGAGAAAUACCCCAAGUAAGCCAGCUACGCAUUCUCAGGAAACAGCGAGAAAACUUCCAGGAUGGCUGUCUGGCAAGCCAGGAGGAAAGAGGAAGAACCCUUUUUGAAAGCAAAACUAAGGGUAUAAAGCUUGCUACUUUUACUGUUUGCUAUAGAAGAUUGGUGCUCCAGUUGCAAUUACAGGGGUUUAGUUUAGUCUCAUUAACGGUGGUAACUUUCGGCCUUCUCCCAGAAAAAAAAUACCUAUUGAUAAAAAAAAAAAAAACUUUUGUCAGGUUUUCCGUUGCACAUUUUUGCUUCGUUAAAUUCCGUGGCUUUACUUGUUCGCUGAAGAAAUCUCCUUUGGAAGACUGGUUUCAUUCAUACAACCCAAGAAGGACUACUUGUUCGUGAAAGAGGAUUGUUUUGUACAUUAGAGCAAAUACAAAUGUAUAAAAUAUAAAUUAUUUGUCUAUCAAAGUACACAUGUAACCAGUUGUGGAAAUAAACUGAGAUUUAAAGUUA